GAGAGUGAGAGAGGAGAUUGGGGGGGACAGAGAUAGGGUAGUAAAAAUGAUGGCGACCGAUUCAGUGGAGAUAAGAAACCAAACGAGCCCCUGUCCCAUCCCUGACAACAGUCUCAGCACUCUGUCCAUCAAAAUAACGCGGAAAAACCAGGACAGACACUGGAAGUUGCGGUUUAUUUAUCUGCAGUGCUACUUUUUGACCAUUGCAACAAUACUGGGAACUGGAAUCUUAGGUCUUCCAGUAACGAUAGCCCAUGCUGGACUGGUGCCUUUCCUGUUCUCCUUUAUUGUUGGAUUCUUUGUCCAGGCCUUGCUAAUCUACCUGUUUGUGGAGCUUCUUCAGAAAUGUCAGGUGAUGCAGCUGGAAUCCUUAAAGACAGGUGUUGCAGAGUGUAUAGUCAUGGAUCAGGUGGGUGUGGAGGAUCCAGUUCAUACUGAGGAAGAAGAUGAUGACAGUGAAAAUGCAGAAGCAGAUACAGGUUUACUACAGCCGGAUGCAGCAGCUCUGCAUGACCAAGCCGGCAGUCUGCAGCCGAACCUUCAUCUGCUUGGGCGAAUCUUCCUCUCCCGCCCCAUGAGCCAUGCUUUCAACUGCAUUCUCCUCUUCCAAUUCAUUUCAAUUGGAAUUAGUUAUGUCUUAGCUGGCAGUGAGGCCUACGCUGCACUUCUUAAUAUCAGCCACAUCUAUGUGAUCCCAGUCUUCACCUGGACCCUGACUCUUGCUAUUUUACUGGCCCACACAGUUAUUCAGCCAAUCACUUCAGUGCUCACCCUCCUGAAAGGAAUCCUCCUCAUUGUCACGGUGGCUGUGACAUUUGCAGUGGGGUCAGAGGUCGGCCUUCAGAGCAGCAGUGACUUCAGUCAGAUGGGAAAACCUUUCCUAAUGGGCACAGUGGCUCUGGGUGGGAUUGUAAACGUGAUGCCUCUGCUUUUCUCACAGAUCUCACACAACAGAACACAGAUCCUGUGGUUUCGGAGAGCAGUGAUUGGAGGUCUGACAACUUGCACUGUGCUCAACAUCCUCUGGUGCUGGGCAGUGCUGGAAAUUGUCCCGCAGACAUCAUUCCCAGAGAGGAGGAUGACACCUGAAACAACAACCAGGCCUGACUACAGCAGCCCCUCUGGUCCUCCGUCCUCAGUCUCCUCACAGAAAUACUCUAACAUCUCGCUAGAAGAGUCAGAAAAAGCAGGAGAGAUUGCCACUAUUCCACUGACUAAGAUCAUUAAUGAACGUUACAGGGCUUAUUCGUGGGUGGCUGAGCUGAUCCAGGUGUUUAUAGCCAUCAGCGUCACUGUGUCCUUCCUGGUUAUGGGAUCUGCUAUGAAGCACACCAUCGAUGGUCUGGUGAGCUCACUGUGGAGCAGCAAGCUGGAGUGGCUGACUAAAGCCUGGGAGCCAAAGUUGCCAAAUAAACAGCACAUCUGCUCAGCAAGAAGCGUGGCCAAAGGAUUCAUGUCACUGCUCGGGUUCGUUGUCAUCUUUAUUGUGUCAGUGUGUGAUCCCAGGGGUUUUGUUGUCAUGUUGGACAAAGUUGUGUCAUUCUCCCUCAACACUGAAGUGGGACUGUUUGUCUUCAUCAUGCUGAGAGAAUCCAGAGAGGACAGAUUCCAACAGCUUGCUGUCCCUCUGCCACUGGGCGACUGCGUGUUCAGCCUCAGCUGGCUGCUGCCCACCUACUUCCUGUUUGCAGUAACCUACGACGUCCUGCAGACCCUGGCGGAUCUGGCGCAUUAUAUGCAUUUCUACAACCACGAUCAGGAGCCACACAUUUACAAUCUGACGGGGAGUUUAGCAGCAGCCAAUCUCUCCACCCUCCUCUGAUCUAAGAAGCUAGUUAAGGCACAAACUGGUAGGAGUUAAAAUUGCCAAAAUGACAAGCUUAGCACCUUUGUUUGUUUUUUUUGGUUUUUUUGUGCACUGCACUUUCCCAAAAACCAUGUAUGAAACAAUCUAACAGUCAGAUGCAGAGGGCUCUCUUUUGUUAUGUCACGGUGGCCAUCCUUGCUCAAGUUAGCGACACAGUAGAGAUCAAAAUUUCAGACUGUUUUUUUUCCUUUCAGUGGCCUUCAUGGCAUGUUAGCUGUAGAUUUAGGACUCAUCUAGGGUUUUAUUCAAAAUAAUGAAGUGUGGACCCAGUGUGUAACUAAAGUGAUCAAAGUUAGAUAAAAGUUUUUGUUGCUAUAAAAUAAUAGACAUCUAAAAAUUAAAUUCCUGAUGAUUAAGAACUGUAGAAGCCGUCUUAAUUGGAGCGGCUGGCAGAUCUGCAGCGUGGAUGUUACCAAUUCCACGCCUGCUCCGUUUGAUUUCGUCCCGCUGUUUCUUCAUCUCGUCCUCAGUCUACUAACCGUAGUGGAUUUCUUAGCCAUAGCAUUGUCCUCAGCAGUCAACCGGAGAUUCUCGAUUGGGUUUAGUUCAGGAUUCAGGGUUUGCUAUUUCAUUAUUUCAGGCUUAACAGCUGCAAGGAAGUGCUUUCCCAGUUCUGCAGAGUGAUUACGAAGCAUUGUCUUGCAUAAAUAUUGUUGGCUGAUUAGAAGCUGAUGUCAGGGAGGGAAUAAUCUGUGUUGAAGGAGCUUCAUCGGGACAUUAGCAUUCACCUUGCUGAGGGGAUGUGUAAGAGGCUCAAACUUUGCAGCAGAAAACAUCCACCAAACCAUUAACCUCCCUCCUCCAAACUUAACUGGCUUCUUCACACUGGUGUGGGUGCAUUUGUUUUCCAGUUUUAGUGCAGAACAUGAUGCUUCCUGUGUGAACUUAUCAUACCAGUUCCUCUGUGUCCACAUGAUCUGUUCCUCUGCAGAUUUCAGUAUACUCUUUUGAUUUCUCCUGUUUCAUGAUUGGUUUGGUCACUGCGGGCUUUCAGUCUGAUUUCUGUAUACGAAGAAAGAACCUUACACCUUUUCAGCCAAGAAUCGGCAUCAGUGUUGAUUCAAAUCUGUACUGAGACUUUUCUCCUCUUCUCCUUCGGCUUGUAUAGAUGGCCAGCAUUUUAGAAGUAAACUGGUUGAAUAUUCUAGCAGUCAGUGCUCUUUGAACAACCGGCUCCUCUAAUACAUUCAGCCUCCACUUGAACCACAGCCAUCAACAACCAGCAGCUCCCCAUCUUUCAAAAUGAUUGUUCUCUAUUUUUAUGGGGUCUCUCAGAUCCCAAAGUGUUCUCUAGUUUUGAUCACGGUUCCUUCAGAAAUUCUCAUUAAAGUUUUCUUUUGCAGUUUUGUUGUACAGUAUUUUCAGCGUUUUUAAAUUCAAAACUAUGCCUCAAUGACAUCUUUUUAUUAGUGUUAGGGUAACUUUAAAUUUGAAUUGUUACAGCUAAUUUUGGUCUCUACUGUGCAAUAGUGCCAUUUUUCUGGGUGUGCUUAGUUCGUAUUAAGUCGAUUUCUCUUAACUCUCAUUUUGAGUGUUUUAUAUACAGCCUUUUAACCAGGCUGCAGUCAUUGCUUCUGAGUCUGUGUGAUGGGUAGAGCACAGACUAACUGGGUAAUAUUUAGAUUGGAAAAGAGAUUAAUGUUCAAAAAGUGAGAGACCGAUUAAAUCCUACUGAGAUGAAACAUUUCAGCGUGCUUAGUUUUUUGCGUCCAGUAUGACGGUAAAUACAGUUUGAAAUUAUUAGUGCUGUGCAAAAGUUUCAAGCAAGUAAAGUGAGGAUAGUUUGCAGUUAUCAGCUGUUAAUGUUUUACAGAUUGUGAAGUAGGGCGAAACCUAAAUGAAAUCAGUGCUUGGUGUGAGCACCCUUUGCCUUUUAAAUCAGCACCAGUUCAUGUCGGUACACUUGCACAAAGUUCUUUUAAGUCAAUUGGAAGGCAGGUUGUUCCAGGAAUCCCAACAGUUCUCAUGUGGAUUUCCUCUGCCUGUGUCUCCUGGCUCUUCAUGCAAUCCCAGACUCACUCCAUGAUGUAGAGAUCAGAGUUCUGUGGGUGUUACACCAUCUGUUACAGGACUUCUUGUUCUUGUUGUGGCUGAAGUUAGUUUUUCAUGACUGGCUGUUGCGAGGCAUCUUCAUGCUGUAUAAUGAAUCUGGGCUGCUUUCCUGAAUAUGGUGUCUGAUAAAUGGGACUAAACAUCAGAAACUUCUGCACAGUACUAUUUAUUACUUUGUUAUAGAUUUACUCCUUAACGCCUUAUGCAGAGUAUAAAAAUGGCAUUUAUUUAAACAGUAAUGUAUAAUAGUAGAGUAAGUUAUAUAGUUAUGACAUAGGAAGAUCUCUUCUUCAGGGUUUUUCAGCCUUUUCUGCAGUCUACAUUAUUUUCAUACUAAUAAUAUUGCAGUGCACACACAGGCACACGCACACACAAUCAUGUUUUCAUAUCAAUGUGGGGACAACUAAUUGACAUAAUGCUUUCUGUAACCCUGAAACUAAAAACCACAUUUUGAAUCUCAAAAAUACCUCCAAACUUGUGGGGACGUGAAUUUUGUUCCCAUAAGGGCUGUUGGUCCUCACAUGUAUAGUAAACUUCCAAUUUUUGGUCUCCACAAAGAUAUGUAAACUAGUACAGGCACACACACACGGGUGGACUUAAAGGCAACGUGUCACUGCACUCCAGACAGCAUUAGUACGCACAAUGAAAAGUUAGACUAGAGAGGCUCCCAGUGGUCUCUUUGCAUGUUCACAAAUGCAAGAACUUUUGGUUCAGGCAUGAGCUCCAUUUAGCCUCCCAAUACACAAACUAAACCUGACAAAAAUGUGUAUUUUAUUAUAACCAGUUGACUAAUUACUCGUGUCUAGGGCAUGUACUAUAAAGCAUUUGGGGAUUCAGGAUUAGCCUGAUGUUUAAGGGUUACAAAGGUAAGUCACUUCUGACCACAGCAGGUUAAGUUGGAGAUAAGAGAUGAACUCAUGCAGUGCAAAUAAAUCACCACCUACCAUCACCACUCCCAGAAGAUCCCUCAGACCUCAGUAGGCACAAAAUAACUGUAUCUUUAGUUUUAAGAGACUAUGUGAAGUCUUUCUCUCUGUAACACCAUCAAUAAGAAAUAGAGAGUAUUAGAAGCAACCUCCUGACCUGCUUUUUUAAGUGCUGGUUGCAAACAACUUUAAAGCCACUCUAUUUUUCUGUAAGCCUUAAAAUACUGAUAUAAUCCUCAGACAGGGCACUUAAGCCUUUUACUUGUUGACCUUGUAUAAAAUUUGUAAGUCAGUCUCCUUACUUACUGGCAUGAACUGCUUUUUUGCCAACUUUUCCACAUUUACUGACCAUGCAAAGCUUUGAAAGCCCACACACAUUCAUGUGGGGCUUUUCCUACCACGCAGCUGCUGUGUUUAGGCCACAUUGUGUGUUUAACCUUGUUACAUUUCUCUAAUAAUCAAGUUUAUUAUUUAAUUUUUACAAUCAUUUCCUCUGCUGACUUAUCAAUGUUUGUUUCUGGUCACAUGAUGCCAAACUCUGGGAUGGCUCCCAUCUUUGUUAGAUAAGGAAAGGAUAUAUCUGGGGUAGGUUGAACUUGCUUUGUGUUACAGCUGCUUGACGUGUUUACCUGGGACCUGUAAACCUACAAAGUCCAGCACACCCAGAACAUCUUAUUGGUUUCUGAGUUCUCCUACCCCAACAGUGUUAUCAACUUGGUAAGCCCGAGCCUGAAUUAAAAUUACAGCUGUCUUUAAAUUAACAGGCUGUCUGAUGUAAGAAAGGUUUAGCUACGCUUUCAGCUUCAACCUACGCUUUUAGUUAACAGCGAGCAAAGAAAAAAAGUUGCUUUUGAGUCUAUUUCUAACCGAUGCUCAUCAGAGAAAGACAAAACCGAGUUUCUGAGGAAUCUUCAGGAAUGAUGAUGCUGUUUUCCUGAGAACCGAUUGGUCAGUAGACGGUGAUUUUGUGCAUGUUGAUAUCUUACCUGCCGCAGAGCAGGGCAAGCCUGCAGCACAAGUUAAUAUGCAGAUGUGUCUUGGUAAGACAGUGAAAAGCCAGGGUCUAGCUUCGUAGUACAGGCUUGUGAGCAUUUCACCGCUUCGCUUGCAUUUAAUUUCGAUGGGUCAGGGUUAGCUGGGAAUGCAGCAUGCCGCUCAGUUUGAUUGCUUUCUGCAGAAGCACCAGCCUGAGGACGUUUGAAAUCAAAGAUUUACUGUUUUAUUAAAGUCGGCUAUUUUUGUUUGACAUAUAUUAAAAAAACAUGUAUUCAUGAUUGCCAUUCAGUCGUAUUCUUUGGUGUUAUUUCAGCACCGACACUCUACAGGCACACAAAUAAAAACUCAAAGCUCUUAUCAAAAUAUAUUUUAUUCUGCACUUAAGUUUCACUGAUCGGACUUAAAUGAUGACACAUGAAAGUGAUGCGAGCUGCAGAGAAAAACAAAGAGGCUCGGGGAGCCCAUCGCAGGCGCUGCCGGGCUGACUCUGUGGCACAGACCAAAUCAGGGGGACCCUGCCUGUGUGACAUGUUGGGAGGAAUUUCAGUACUUGAAUGCUUUGAGUACAGGAAAGUUAAAAACAAAAGGAACAGGUACAAAAUAUCAGACUUUAAACACUAAUCCAUGAAAACCGUCAGCCCAGAAGUAGAAAUUUAUUACAGGGUAGAGAAGAAGAAAUGAGUUAAUUUGCAAUUGUACAAACUUUUCUCAGAGGCAGAACUUCCCCUCGAGGCAGGUUUGGGUUUAAUUAAACCUCUGAAGUUGCAUUCAUGGAUGCACUUUUUUUGGCCAAUUAGGAUUUUGGUGGAUUUUACCUAGAAUGAGUUCUUUGGUUCGGAGGUUUAACUCGAGUAUUGAGUUAUAGUUGUCUCAGCUUUUGUAGGUGUUUUCCAACUGUUACGUUUCCCUCACUGUCAUCUGAGAAGCUCCUGCCCAGACGCACAGUAGGUGCCCAACAGAGCAGCCAUGUUGGUUUCAAUUUGAAAUCUGGGAGCUUCUAUGCAACAGAGUUGAGAGCUGAUUGCCUUUCCCUCGUGGCUCAUUCAUCAGUGAUGUGAAGCAGCAGGAUUUCACGUGUGCAAUGACACGCAAACACAAAUAUAACUCCAUACUCGACCACUGACCUGCGUCUGGAGCGACUCUCUCAAAGAAACAUCUGUGUGACUCCCAACUUUACCUGGCUCAAUUUAAGAAUUACAAUCUCGUGUUUAAUGGACUUCAGGAGACAGCGAUUCAGGGACAAAGCUUCCCGAAUGGAUUCAAGCAAAAUAAAAAAUUAAAACAUUUGUUUUAUUAAAACAUAGACAAAUUUAGUGGCGAUUUGCUCCUGGGAAAAUGCUCCCCAGGCAAGGUGCCUUCAGAAUGACAGCUCAGCUCAGAAAGCUUUUACAUUACAGGGUCAACCUUUACUGUUUGCAUCAGAGUAAAAAAAAAAAAUCUUUAAAAUUUAUUCAACAUGGAAAUUAACACUGCCAAUAAAUCAAUUCACAUUUUUUUCUUCAGCUCUACAAAGAAAUUACAAAAACUUUAAAUUUGUCUUUAAAAGAGUAUAAAACGUCUCGUCAGCAGGGACCUUCGGAAUAAAAUUUAAGCUGAUUUUUUGGCGCAUAAAACCAAGAAUGACGAUGAGAGGGCAGAUGAGCAAAAAAUACACUAAAGAUGCAGCGUCAUGUUUUACUUUUAAUUCACCAAAACUGUCACGCUGUGACUUUUAGCCAUUUGUUUGUGUCUGGUUUGUUUGUCCUUUGGUGCCUCUAAUAAGUUCCUAACGCACUCGAGUGCGUUCUGAUCCGGCAGACAGCUCGUCCCUGUUCUUCUUUUUGUAAAGGGUCGCUCUGAGCAGCCCUCCGCUGCCUGCCGGGGAAAUCUGAGUGACCAUAUUUUAAAAAACUGUUUUAAAAAAACCCUAAAGUUUCAAUUAUAAAAAUAUUUUAGGGACUUUUAUGAAGUUACUGUUUGAAUUCAACCAAGACAGCAAAGCCAAAUAAUUACUGUUUUCAGAACCAAGCUAAGAAAGCCACAACUGACCUCGCUCACCAGGUAGCAUGAUCAGAUCGAGGCGGCAUCCAAAGCUACUCCCUACCACAGACUUUCUGCCAGUUUCUUAUCCUGAAAUUUCUACUUCACGUAGUCCACCUAACAGUGGAAUUAUACACACCAUGCACAGGUAUAAAUGCCGGCAACAGCACUGGUCACUUGCGGAGAUUCAAAAGUCUCAUUUAAAUUUAAGGUGAAAAGGGCCCGUGGUAUGCGCACACUUCCUGUUAACAGUCAGACUGAUCAGUGUUUGAAAACGGCCUGUUUACAUCAGCGUCACUGGUACCAGAAUAAAACUAGCUGAAACAAGUAGCUGUACAGCUAAACUUGCACACAAUCUAACUUUAAUUCUUCAAAAGUCAUCCAGCUAAUGAAAAAGGAAACUUUUCCAUUUUGGGAUCAUUUUCCACGUUUAACUGUGUAACACUUUACUCUGUUUUCUUUGGCUCGGCCCUCUGCGGGGUUUUUCUUGCCUCUGGCAGCACUGACACUGAAACGUGAUGCCGAGUUUUCUCACUCUUUCGGUCUCAGACAGCUGAAGUUGAAUCCAAUUAGAGAUGUUUGCAGUUUUAAAAUUGCCAAAUGACACCUCGACGACUGUGUGUUUGAGCUGGAAAUUCCUGUUGCUGUUAAGUUUUAAAAAACUGAAGGCAACAGAAAGUUUUGAUCAGCGGGGUAAAAGAAUCCUGACCCGUUUUAAAGCGUGUUAUCAAUGUCAUGUGCCUGCAUGGAGGCACAGAGGGGGAACUAGUGUGUGUCUACGUAUUAAGAACUGCAUUUAACCAUGAGACCCACUCCCAGCUGCAGGUGGAAAUCGCUGAAACACAUGAAGAAGAAAAAGCCUUCGUUUUGCUGCACUGUUUGGAAAUCAUGGCGAGGACGCUGCUCUUCAUAACGGUUUGGUUUGGUGUGCGUGUUUGUGUGUUCGAGUGUGUGUCUGUUUUGUGUGUCUGCCGUCCUCCUAAACCUGGAAAACCUCACCAAGCCCCCCUCCCGCCCCG